AGUUUAUGAAAGAGAAAACUUUUCUCUUUCGUUUACUACCAACAUCUGUGAUUGGCGUGUAACGGUUUGUCCGGAAUUUCCAUUCAAAGUGGAUUUUGACAGUUGGCUUUUAGGCCGUAAUCAUAUGUUUGUCGAGAAUUUUCAUGCAUUUUCUAGCAUAUACUUCUAGUAAAUAUUCAAUGAGUGGAUAGACCGAAUACGUCCAAUGCACAAAAUUUGCAGCAGAAGAAACGAGAGGCAGAUCAAAAAGUAUGAUAUCGGUGAUUAAAAAAAAGUUCUGCGUAUGCCUGGUCCAGACAUUUACAGACUUUUAAAACAGUAAUAAACUGACCGAUUUUCUUCAGAAAAUAAUAGAUGUGUCCCAGCAUGCAAAGAAUUACGAAUCAAAUACCGUUCAUACUUUUACCAUUUAGAUUUUUUUUAAGAAAUUUAGAACUUAAUCUUUCACGGAAUCUUUUUGGUCUUUUUCGGAGUAACGAACCAAUGAUCUCUAAAUGCGCAGGUAUCCUUCUGUUGAUCAACAGCAUGCGGCAGCUGUUCAAAUCGUAAAAUUAUUUCCACAACUUAGUAAUACGCGAGUCACACCAACUGCUCCUGAUGAGUCAUUUUUCUUUUGGCGCAACGGAGGCAAGGAAAAGGGUGCUCAUACUGGCAUGAUAUUUCAUCGCAUCCGGAAUGUCAUCAAACAGCUACCUGCAGGAAAACAUAAAUAUAAUCGAGGAACUAUGCCUGUAGAAGAGUCCGUUUCAACUGAACUUGUAGAGCGGGCUCAAUUGCUCCGAGUAAUGCUUGCAUCGGCAUCAGUAGCAGAACAUAUUUGUGAUGAAAUGGACCGAUGCUUUCCAGUCCUCAAACUGUUAUUAAAAGAAAAGAAACCCGUUAAUGAUAUCUUGGAUAUGUUUCCACACCUGUGUUCAUAUGAAGGAUUGGUGAUUCGUCAAAUGUUUGAGAGAUUGUAUCCUAACAGAACAGAAGGUCUCAAAAUCGAGGAUGUCUUCUCUCAGUGUCUAUCUUAUUCACCGUCCAGAUUCUCUAGAGUAGAAGAUGAUCACAUUCGAGGAUGCUUGAGAAUAAUUUCUCAUAUGCCAAUUCGCGGACAAAAAAGAACGCUGGUAGGCUGUCCAACUGUAGGCGAAGAACAUUCGGCUUCAAUUUUAAUUCGUUGGAUUGGGGAGUGCUUAGAUACAUACGUGGCAUCCCCCGCAACUGAUUCCAAACUACACAUGGUGUGCGUAGCAAGCCCGAUGAAAAGAGGAAAUUAUGCCGUCAUUUGUGAGAAAAAAGUUAUAUUCGAGACUAACAAUUCUAUUCAUGCAGUGGAAAUUUUAUUCAAAUGCUACGCAGUUCUCGGAGUGGAGGUGCCACCUAAUUUUAGAAUGUUUUGGGACUUUCUGGCAUGUGCCAUAUAUAAUAUAAUUCCGCACAGUCAGAGGACAACUGUGAAUAGACUCGUCCAAACUUUUAUUGAAGUUUCCCGCGCACGUAUUGACAACAAAUAAAAGGACAACUUUUUUAU